GGCAACGGUGGGCGGCCAGGGAGUUGCCUGAGGGAAAAGGGGCAGACGUCCCUGGGUUCCGGUGUUCGCGGAGGAGUCGAGGCACGGAGAGGCUUCGGGGGAGGGACGGAAAGAAGGGUGGCCCGCCAGACGGGCGGGGUCCAUGGAUUCGGGGUGAGGGCCGUCCGCGGCCUCGCUUUCGCUUCCUCCGAGCCGUGCCGGCGAUGGCCGCAGCUGUGAGGCGAGGUCGGGUCCCGUAGCGGCGCGCAGCCUCCUUGGGGGACUCGGGGUCCUGGUUGGUUUCCACAGCUCCUUCUAUCUGAGGGGUACGAAUUUACGGCGGCCUAAAGCCUUAGAACAAUGAUCCCACGUCGGUAAUUUUAGAACCCGGUAGGACCGGCUGCCAUCAGGGGCCCCAGGUGCAGGGUGGUGUCAGCUUUGAGAGGAAUUGGAGCCUCGUCACCGCGCGCUUCCUGCAUGAGUGGAACCUCAGAAAACGGUCAGCGGGGUUCAGAAGGCAGGAGAUAACACCAAGACCCUACGUAGGAUUGCAUCUUUACGCCCAGAAGAAUAGAAGGAAGGUGAUAGGAUGUGAUGAUAGAAUUUGUGAUAGCCAAGCAACAACUUUUCCUAAUUCGGCAUGUUAAAAAAUAAGGGUCACUCAUCUAAGAAAGAUAACUUGGCAGUCAAUGCAGUUGCUUUACAAGAUCACAUUUUACAUGAUCUUCAGCUUCGAAAUCUUUUAGUUGCAGAUCAUUCUAAGACACAAGUACAAAAGAAAGAGAACAAAUCUCUAAAAAGAGAUACAAAGGCAAUAAUAGAUACUGGACUUAAAAAAACUACACAGUGCCCCAAACUAGAAGACUCAGAAAAAGAAUAUGUUCUUGAUCCCAAACCGCCACCGUUGACUUUGGCACAGAAGUUGGGCCUCAUUGGGCCUCCACCACCUCCACUGUCAUCAGAUGAAUGGGAGAAGGUGAAACAGCGCUCCCUCCUGCAAGGGGACUCCGUGCAACCAUGCCCCAUCUGUAAAGAAGAAUUCGAGCUUCGUCCUCAGGUGCUGCUUUCAUGCUCCCAUGUGUUCCACAAAGCAUGUCUUCAGGCUUUUGAAAAGUUCACAAAUAAGAAAACCUGUCCUCUCUGUAGAAAGAACCAGUAUCAAACCCGAGUGAUACACGAUGGGGCCCGCCUGUUCAGAAUCAAGUGUGUGACCAGAAUCCAAGCCUACUGGAGAGGAUAUGUUGUUAGAAAGUGGUACAGAAACCUGAGGAAAACAGUACCUCCCACAGAUGCCAAGUUAAGAAAAAAAUUCUUUGAAAAAAAGUUCACAGAAAUCAGCCACCGCAUCCUGUGCUCAUACAACACCAACAUUGAAGAGCUCUUUGCAGAAAUCGAUCAGUGCUUGGCCAUAAAUCGAAGUGUUCUUCAGCAGUUGGAAGAAAAAUGUGGCCAUGAGAUCACAGAAGAGGAAUGGGAGAAAAUCCAAGUGCAGAAUGAAACUUCCGCAUGUUUCGAAGACCCAUGUCUCGGGGCACGUGGUUCGCAUUUCAGUUGAAGUAACUUUCUGCUGUGAUGAAACUAACCCGCGUGGCCUCUUCCCGUCCUGUGUGCCGCAGGCUCUGCGCCGGGAGACCCACGAGUGCUCCAUCUGCCUGGCCCCUCUCUCCGCUGCUGGCGGUCAGCGCGUGGGCGCGGGCCGGCGUUCCAGAGAGAUGGCCCUCCUGUCCUGCUCACACGUGUUCCACCAUGCGUGUCUGCUGGCACUAGAGGAGUUCUCCGUGGGAGACAGGCCUCCUUUCCAUGCCUGUCCUCUCUGCCGCUCCUGCUACCAGAAGAAGAUUCUUGAAUGUUGAAUUCAUAGUCAAGGAAAGUUAGGUAAUUCUGAGGAAAAAAGUUUACCAUCAUUUUGGAUGAACUGCAUGAGUUCUGGGUUAAGUACUACAAUGUAAUCUGUUUCCCAGGGAAAUAAGCUAUUGGUAGUUGUAGGAAAUCUUAGUAUAUUUUAAAAGCUGACAGCCCACCUAAUUUUAAUCUUUGGUCUCUAAAAAGUAAAUUUCAAAUUUAUGAGUUUAAUCACUUCAAAUAUGAAUAGCAAAAAAUGAGAGCUUGCUUACUUCUAAAAAUUGAGGUUAAGAUAUAGCUAGUGUCUGAACAACACUCCUUAAAGUAAGUUCCAAAUGUAAAACACUCCUUAAGUUCCAAAUGUUUUCCGCUAAUACUUUGUCCUAAAGCCUUUGCCAUUCCUAAUACUCGUUUUGUAAUAAUUGCUGUAUUUCUGUGUAAUAAAAUAUAAAAAUAAAAUAUUCAGUGGUAUUCAACAUCAAAAAA